GGAAAGCAGAGAAGAAGAAAUGGAAGGAGAUGAAGCUGCUGAAGAAACUGGAGAAACAGCGGAUGCGGGAGUUGGCAGAAAAACAAGCUGAGAAGCAGGAGGAGCAGAAGGAAGACAAAGGUGAUGCCGCUGUGACCGGGCUUCUGAGCGUAGCCCUGCCAGGCUCUAUCUUGAACAAUGCCCAGUCGCUGGAGCUGCGGACCUACCUUGCUGGACAGAUUGCUCGGGCUUGUGCCAUCUUCUGUGUGGAUGAGAUCAUAGUGUUUGAUGAGCACGGAGAAGAUGUAAAGAGCGUGGAGGGGGACUUUGAAGGAAUUGGGAGGAAAGGCAAGGCUUGUGUGCAGCUGGCUCGGAUCCUGCAGUACCUGGAGUGCCCUCAGUACUUGAGGAAAUCCUUUUUUCCAAAACAUGAGGAUCUGCAGUUUGCAGGGCUGCUCAACCCCCUGGACAGCCCCCACCACAUGCGGGUGGACGAGGAUUCAGAAUACAGAGAAGGUGUAGUGUUGGACCGGCCAACUAAGCCAGGCAGAGGCUCUUUUGUUAACUGUGGGAUGAGGAAGGAGGUGCAGAUUGACAGACAGCUGAACCCCGGUCUGCGAGUCACUGUGCGCCUGGAGGAACCCCAGAAGACAGAAGCUAAAGUGCGGAAAGGCACCGUGGUGUCCUCACACCACCCUCGGACAGUCUCAGGCUUGUACUGGGGUUACAGCGUCCGCCUCGCCUCCUGCUUGAGCGCUGUCUUUUCAGAGUGCCCAUUCAAGGAAGGCUACGAUCUCUCUAUUGGGACCUCAGAGCGGGGCAGCUCCGUGGACCAGGCCACUCUCCCCUCCUUCAGGCAUGCCCUUAUCGUGUUUGGAGGUCUGGAGGGCUUGGAAGCUGGGGUUGACGUGGACCCAAACCUGGAGGUCACCGACCCAAGCGUCUUGUUCGACUUCUACCUGAACACUUGUCCCAGCCAAGGCAGCAGAACCAUACGGACAGAGGAAGCGCUGCUGAUCUCAUUGUCUGCACUGAGACCCCACAUCAAUGAGGCUGUGAAGACGCCCAGCGACAGCAGAGGGAACGAAAACCACUGA